GCUAUUGCCUGUUAAUUUGGGCAGAAGAGAGUUCUUGCAGUUCACAACAAGCGCGCGAAUCAGUUCUUUUCCUCUCACCCGACUCCUCCCCUUUCCCGGAUUAAUUUCUAUGAUAUCGAAUUCUCAAUGAGGAUUCAGAAAUUAAUUUAGCGGAUCAGGAUGGUUGUAUGUAAUUGGAAGCGUUUAGUUGUAGGGUUUGUCAUCACCCUAUAUGCAACGACACAAUGUGGCGGAGAAUCGUCGACGUGUUUGACUGUGUACAAAGAAGGCGGUGCUCCGGCGGUUUUCCAAUCCACCAAAUGCCCUCGCUGGAAUCUUCCAAAUUACGACACUCCAUCACGCACCACCUCCACCACUGUAACUGGCAGCACCCGUUGCCAAUCGGCCUUGCUCCAGGGUCGAAGGAAGUCUCAGGAGGAUCGCAUCCUCUGCGCUCUUGACGUUCGCAUUCCUUUCCCUGGUAAAACAGGGCUUAAAGAGGUUACAGUAGGAAUCGUGGCAGUUUUUGAUGGUCACAAUGGUGCUGAGGCUAGUGAGAUGGCUUCGAAGUUUUUGUUGGAGUAUUUUGCUUUGCAUACAUAUUUUCUUUUGGAUGCUACAUAUUCCUUUGUGUUGAAGAAAUACGCAGGAAGAUUACCUAGUAAGAGAGAAAAGGAUGCUGUUUUUCAGGUGUUAAAUUGGGAUGAAGAACUUGGUCGGCCGGAGCUGAAUUUUGAUAGGUUUAAAUUUCCAUUACCAGAAAACUUUGAUGAUGCUUUUCAUUUGGAAAUUUUGAAGGAAGCAUUAUUGAGGGCUAUCCGUGAUAUUGAUGCCACAUUUUCAAAAGAAGCAUCUAGAAGAAAUCUUGAUUCAGGUUCAACUGCCACCAUUGUACUGAUAGCAAAUGAUCAAAUUUUAGUUGCCAACAUUGGAGAUUCAAAGGCUUUUUUGUGUUCUGAAAAAUUUCAGUCUCCUGCAGAGGCAAAAGCCAAUUUAUUAAGGUUGUACAGAGAGCGGAGACGUAGUGGAGCUGCUUUUCCUUCAAGAUAUCGGGACAACAUUAAAUUGAUUGCCUCCAAUGGACUGGCAUAUUUUAUUGUCGAGGAAUUGACUAGAGACCAUCAUCCAGACAGAGAUGAUGAGAAGUUUCGAGUGGAAACUGCAGGUGGAUAUGUUCAUGAGUGGGGUGGAGUUUCUCGAGUAAAUGGUCAGUUGGCUGUUUCCCGAGCUAUUGGUGAUGUGUAUUUUAAGAGUUAUGGUGUUAUAUCUGCACCUGAAGUGACAGAUUGGCAAUCUCUUACCACAAAUGAUACAUAUCUGGUGGUCGCAUCUGAUGGCAUGUUUGAAAAGUUGAGUUUACAGGAUGUUUGUGAUCUACUUUGGGAAGUACAUACUCAUGGAACUGAGAGAUCAGAUCUUUCUUCUUCAUGUUCACAUUCAUUAGCUGAAUGUUUAGUAAACACUGCAUUUCAAAAGGGCAGUGUGGACAAUGUGGCAACUGUUGUUGUUCCAUUAUUAGGGUCUGUUAGAAUUCCUCAAAACCUGCCAAGUAAAAGGUGCAUUGAAGAUGGAGACAUGGAUUGCUCAUCUAUAGGGCUAAAGAAGUUCAUGCAUGACCAAUCAACUAAUGGUGUCACUUCUGAUCUACAACAAUUGACGCAUGGACAUCCACUUAUUGCAAAGUUUGACAGGUUACUGGUUGAAGGAAAACGUGGGAACUUUGGAUGUUAUUAUUUGUCUGAGAACCUAGAUGAUAUGGACACACUAGGAGCUCAAAAUAUUGACAAAGAAAAUUAUGUGCAUGGCAUACCUCAGGCUCUACCAGAGGCCUUCAGUCACCAGUAUGGUGGACCCCUGAAUUUAUAUAAUGACCUGAAUUUAUGCUUAAGUAUUGGGAUGCCUGUUGGAGUUAAAGAUCAAUGCACUAAUCCCGAAGUCUUUGCUAGUUUCCUUGGUUUGCUUGAGUCUAUUCCUUUCCAUGAUACUGGUUCAAAUUUGGGAUCAACUGAGUAUGCAGCGCCUGACUUAAGAUAUGUACUAAAGAAAAGGUUUGGUCAAGGAUCAUAUGGUGAAGUAUGGCUGGCCUUCUACUGGAACUGUCAUCAAGAUAGAAAUGCUUCAGUUUGGGCUAGAAAAAAUGAUAACAUCUCGUUUGCUAGUUGUUCUGAUGCAAACGGAAGAACUUCUUCUCGCCAUACUAUGCAAGAUUGCAAUGCUAGUUCUCCAGAUGACAACUUGUUCAUUUUGAAACGAAUAAUGGUGGAGAGAGGUGCGGCUGUUUAUUUGAGUGGUCUACGGGAGAAAUAUUUUGGUGAAUUAUUCCUAAAUGCCUCCAGGCGUCUUGGCUGUUUACUUUCAGAUGGAACCUCAGCCCCUUUAUUGGAAGAAUUGGAAUCAGAUUUUGAUGACCUUUUGGAAUCAAAUGAAUCAUUCUAUGGAUCAUGGAACAGUUGGAAUUUUGAAAAUAUAUUCCCCAACAAAUUUAGACUGCAGAGAGCUUCUUUUGAAGAGGGUUUGAACCAUAUAGCAAGAUAUGUAGAGUCUUUUGAAUCACGAUCUAAUGAAAUUUGGCUUGUAUUUUAUCAUGAAGGUGUCUCCUUGUCAAAGAUUAUGUAUACCGUGGAGGAAAUAGAAAAUAAAUCUGAAAAAGAAAAGAUUGAAGAAGUAAUUCGUGUUCAGGUAUUGCACCCUUCAAAGUGGUGGCAUUGGCUGAAGACAACGGAAGCAGGAAAAGAGGAAAUGCGCAACCUUAUAUGGCAGUUGCUGAUAGCAGUUAAGGCUUGCCAUGACCGCCACAUCACCCACAGGGAUAUCAAACCAGAGAACAUGGUGAUAUGCUUUGAGGAUCAGGCCACAGGUAGAUGCUUGAAAGGAGGUCCCACUAGAGACAAGAACUACACCACCAAAAUGCGCAUUAUUGACUUUGGUAGUGCAAUGGAUGAGUUCACUCUGAAACAUUUAUAUGGAUCAACAGGACCUUCUAGAGCUGAACAAACUUAUGAGUAUGCCCCUCCUGAAGCAUUUCUUAAUGCAAGUUGGUAUCAGGGCCCAUCAUACUUGAACUUAAAGUAUGAUAUGUGGAGUGUUGGUGUUGUGAUCUUAGAGUUGAUCUUAGGAUCUCCAAAUAUUUUUCAAAUAAGUUCUCUAACACGAGCCCUUCUAGAUCCCCAUAUUGCAGGUUGGAAUGAAGACCUUAAGGAGCUCGCAUACAAACUUAGGUCAUUGAUGGAACUAUGUAUUUUAAUCCCUGGGAAUUCAUCUAAACAUAAUCCUACGAUGGGCCAAGGUGGAGCCACUUCACCUGCUUCCUGGAAGUGCUCUGAAGAGUUCUUUGCACAGCAAAUCAAGAGUAGGGAUCCUCUGAAAUUAGGGUUUCCAGAUGUUUGGGCUUUGCGGUUAGUGCGCCAACUAUUACUCUGGAAUCCUGAGGAUCGAUUGAGCGUUCAUGAUGCUUUGCAGCAUCCUUAUUUCCAUCCUCCUCCUACAAGAUGAGCUAACAAGAAGCAUCCAAGUUUCUUUCAUUUUAUGCACCAGUGGUUUCUUCUUCCUGAAGGUGCCAGUUUCAUAGUUGUUUUGGUUCUAAUGUGCACCGGAUCACUUUGUGGGCUUUUCAGGGACGUUUUGAAUUGAAUUGCCAAAUGAGAGUUGUUGGGAAAUGGGAGGGAGUUCUAUUCUCUUACUUGAGAUUGCUCCUUGGAGCAAAAUAAUGUUUAUUGUCAGCUCCUGAUAGAAUCAUUUCAUCAGCACGAGGUGACUAUUCCUGGAUCCAGUUGCCGCACCAACCAUUGCGCAUGUUUUUCAACACAACUUUUGGUGCCAAAAGGCUAUUGGUGUGUGAGGUCCUACAAGUAAUGCAGUCAUUCUUUAACUCGGGCAAUGAAGACAGAGGGAGGAAACCUUAAGGAAAGGUUUAGACGUUCAAUCCACAGACCAGACCGACAUUUCUUGGACAGAAGAAGAGAAGGCCUCUGACUCAAACAUUGGCAGCUAACAUUUGCUCAUCAUACAAAAGAACAGUGGCAGUGGAGCCAGAGAAAAAGUUAUUUUUAUUUGCUUCCAGGAGUACAGAAUGAAGCAAUAACAAUGUUAUGGUUUUCAAGGAGUGUACCGGAAUUAAACAGUCAAAUGAAAAGUGAGUAGAACCAUGUUACUGUUCUGGAUAAUGCUUCUUUUAGAAUUUCCAACUGAAAUGAUUUAUAAUCGCUCGAGGGAAACACCCAUUGUUAUGCCCAUUUUCUUGUAUGAACGGUAUACAACGCCAUCUCGCUAGCUUCCUUCCCACCAUCGGCAAGGCCACCAGAUACUGCUUCCUCCUCAAGCCCAUUUUUGCCUACAUACUUGGAUUCAUAAUGUAGCUUCUUUUAGUCGAUUA